UGCAGCAUAUCUGUCUCCUCAGCCAGCCUUUGCUAUUUAAUAGGUUAACUCUAUUAUCUGUAAAAGAGCGGAGCCGGGUGCGACAUGAUAACAUUAUCUUACGAAAUGCAACGCGACAUUGCGUUUUGUACGACGAGAGACUAGCUAAGGCUUCUUCGAGAGAUGAGAAGCACUUAUAAACAAUAUGGCUUCCUCCUCUAGAGAGCGGAGUCUUUCGAGACAGCCACUGCUGAGAAGAAGAGCAAGUAUGGGCUCCCCCGAGGUCAAUGAAAUCGAAGAUAACGCUAUCGAAAUGAGCGGCAAUGGAACACAUAUCGAUGGAACGAAGUCUGAUCGCAUCAAGAAAAACAUCAACAAAUAUGAACAACUAUUUGGUAUCGACGAAGAAUCAUCUAGUCAGCCUACAACCUCGAGAAAGGAGUUAUGGUCAUAUUAUCUUUAUUACAAUGGAAACAAUGGAGUAGGGCCGCAAAGCUAUUCUCAAGCUCUUUUUCAGAAUGCUCUGAGUAAAGCUGGGUGGGAUCCCGCCAUUACACCUGCCCAAAUAGGUAAUUGUACCACAGGAGGUUGUGUAAUCCCGUGGGGUACGACUACAAGAUCUGUAUCUAGUGUGGUUUUGCUUGCCAAUGGAAUUUGCUUCACCAUUAUGUCUGUCAUAUUUGUGGCUUUUGGAUCGGUUGCAGACUAUGGGCAUUUUGGAAGAUGGAUACUGCUAUUUCUUACUGUUGUCUGCUGGGUUUUCCAAUACGGGAUGAUGGCCAUUACGAAGCCAGAACAGUGGCCCACGGCCAUGGCUUUGUAUAUUGUAUCAUACAUUUCAUACGGCGCAUCAUUGGUAUUCUAUUAUGCAUUAUUUCCCAGAUUAGCCCGCUACAUGCCCCAUGUUCAAAAGGCUCGAGAUGAAGAACUUAAAGAAGAAAGCAUAAAUCAAGAUGAGUAUGAUAGGAUAGAAAGUAUGGAACGAAACCAUAUUAGUAAUAUAUCUACCGCCCAUGCCAGUAUCGGAUACGUUCUUGUACUAGUACUCAGCCUCUCUGUCCUGAUUCCGAUGCAGGGAAAUUCUUUCGCUAACAAUCUUGCAUUGUGCCUCACAAACUCAUAUUGGGUCGUUCUUGGCCUUCCUUGGUUUAUUUUCCAACAAUCACGUCCUGGACCACCUAUUCCAAAAGGUAGUUCAAUAUGGACCAUCGGCUGGAAACAAGUCUAUCUCGCCCUCGUCGAGAUUCGUCAUCUUCCUCAGACAUUCACUUAUCUACUCGCAUUCUUCAUGCUUGCUGAUGGGUUAAAUACGACCACUACUCUCGUCUCUAUUAUUCAGAACGAAGUCAUCUCUUUCUCUUUUCUCCAAUUAACGUAUCUUGGACUUGCACAAGCUGUCACCUCCACGAUAUCCACUUUCUCAUUUUGGUACAUUCAACAGUAUUUUGGCAUUCGAACCAAACCCAUGUUCAUCAUCACCAACAUCUUUAGUGUUUUGAUUCCGCUAUAUGGCGUGAUCGGAUUAUGGACUGACAAGAUAGGCUAUCACCAUGUUUACGACUUUUGGGUUUAUAACAUUGUUUUUGGAUUAUUUCAAGCGCCAUAUUUCUCAUACUCUCAAACAAUGAUGAGUGAGGUUACUCCUAGAGGAUAUGAGGGAAUGUUUUUUGGGUUAUUUGGUAUUACAAAUAAAGCUUCUUCAAUCCUCGGCCCAAACGUCAUCCAAGCCAUUGUCAAUCAUACCAAUAAUAACUGGAUGGGAUUUCCAUUCCUGUUCGCAUUAUGUGCUUUUGCGAGUAUCAUCAUAUGGUUUGUAGACGUUGAAAAGGGAAGAGAAGAUUGCAGAAUCUAUGUCGCAGAGCGGAAGGCUGUCAAUGCGAGUAUACAGAGACAUGCCACUGAUGAUACAAAUGAACAGCAGGCUCGAACGGUAAAGUGAUAUCUUUACGUUCAGAUGUCACUGCCGAUGUUCGGUGGAAGAGGGAUAUUGUGGAAGGGGUUUCUUGGUAUAGUGUUUAGAGAUUUCUUACCUACACAGAGAUAGAUUCGAGUCAUGUGCGCCGUUUUUCAUAGUCCUUUCUGAAGCAGCAAACCACCCAUUUAUACUUUCACAAUUAUUUGCCAGUUUGUCUUCUCUUCUCUUCAUAAAUGAUUUUGAACAUGUGAGGCCUUGCACAUUGUUACACACGAUUUCCUAUCUCGGGUUGAGUUUCACGGAGAAUGUGAUACCAGGAACAUGGGUAGCUGUGCUUAUAAGACAAUUCACUGAGUGCAUUAUCUGUGGCGGGACAUAUUCAGAGUUCAACGCUAAACAAGAGCUAGCAACACAGAGCAUCAAAAUUGACAUUGAUGCUGAAAGGUCAAAAAUGACCAGUUAUUAUGAUGACUUCAAAGCUCAGUAGAAA